UUGAAAUUUGAGUACAAAAACUAUAACAAUAUUACUUUUACCAAUUAAAAAUAUGAUAUUGUUCAGUAAAUUAAAAGUUUAACUAAAAAAUUACUAAAAUAUUGGUAAUGUGUGAUUACGUAAAGUUUAUACUACAUAUAAUAUCUAUUCAUUAGAUCUGACAUAAAUGUGUUCGAACGUUUGUAAAGUUUUAGAUAUAAAGCUUGAAAGUGUUCAAAUGUUGUUAUAAAUGCUUCUAUAUAUUUAAUUAAUUUUCAUUCAUCUUUUGAUUAUCAUCAUUCGUCGUAACAAGCUCAACACUUGAGAUAUUUCAAGUUAUCUGAACAGGCUAAGUUAAGAGUUUUCAUAUAAAAAAUAAUUUUACAGCAACAUAUAUAUAUAUAUAUAUAUAUAUUACGGUACUAAUAUAAUUGAAAUAAUGGGCAAUACAUUGACUUCUGCAUCUGUGUCAGCCGCUGAUGUAAUUAUGCCAAUACAGAAUAAUCAACAACUAUCUAAAUCUGUAAUACACGAAUCAGAAAAAUUUCAAAAUGUACCUCCACCAGAAUGUCCCAUGCAUAUGAAAACAAGUCAACAGUCAUCUAAAACAUCUAUGUCAGAAUGUCCAAUAGAUCAUAUGACUGAGAAUGAAAUAAAUCCUCUUAACAUGAUGCCACCUGCCAAUCAACAACCAGCACCUGAUCAACCUUUUCCUUUACCAACUGACAGACAAGUCUCAUCAAUACCAAAAGCAACAGGAGAUGGCGAAUUUUGGGUUUAUCCAUCACAACAAAUGUUUUGGAAUGCUAUGUUAAGAAAAGGAUGGCGUUGGAAAAAUGAUGAUAUAUUGCCAAAAGAUAUGGAUGAUAUAAUAAAAAUUCAUAAUACUAAUAAUGAACAAGCAUGGCAGGAAGUUCUUAAAUGGGAAGCACUUCAUGCACGCGAAUGCAAUUGUCCUAAAUUACGUAGUUUUGGUGGAAAGGCUACACAGUAUUCACCACGUGCACGAAUUCGGUAUUGGUUAGGAUAUGAAUUACCAUUUGAUCGUCAUGAUUGGAUAGUAGAUAGAUGUGGUAAAGAUGUACGAUAUGUUAUUGAUUAUUAUGAUGGUGGAGAAGUAGAUGAAAGAUAUAAAUUUGCUCUUCUUGAUGUAAGACCAGCUAUGGACUCUUGGGAAAAUAUUUGGGAUCGCAUGAAAGUUGCUUGGUGGAGAUGGAAAUAUAGCAAUGAAGUGCAAGAACAAACAUCUACAGUCCAAAUAUAUUAAAAUAUAGUAUUUAUAGAAAUUAGAUAGAUAUUUUAAAUGAAUUACAUUAUAGAAAUAAGUAUAAAGAAUAUUGUAAUGCAUUUUUCCAUUUCAACAGUUGUUAAACAAAAAUGCAGUUAUAUCAUGGAAGUUUAUUUUAUUGAUUGUAUGAAAAUUACUAAAGAAGAAUUACACUUUCUGAUUAUACAUAAGACAUAAUUCACAAUGAAUAUGUAUUGCGUUAACAUUACAAUAUAAAAUGAAAAUAGUAGUAUUUUUAA